AUGGAAAAACAUUAUGAAAUUUUCGCUUUGGCUUAUCAUCAGUGUCGGUGGAAUUAUAAUGAUGAAGAAGAUGUAUCUACUUUACAAACCAAUUUUGAUAAAUAUGACAUUCCCGUUGAUGCGAUUUGGUUGGAUAUCGAACACACUGAUGGGAAACGAUAUUUUACUUGGGACCUAAAAAAAUUUCCAAAUCCUCAUGAAAUGAUUUUCAAUGUUAGCAAAAAGGGUAGAAAAAUGGUAACGAUAAUCGAUCCACACAUAAAAAAAGAUGAGAAUUAUCAUGUGUACAAGGAAGCAAAAGAACUUGGAUUUUUUGUGAAGGACCAUAAUGGGAAAUCAGACUAUGAGGGUCAUUGUUGGCCAGGUGGUUCCAUGUAUUUGGACUUUUUGAAUCCUAUGGUUCGCGAAUUCUGGGCUAGUAAAUUUGCUUUUGAUCAGUAUGUCGGCUCGUCUGAAAAUCUAUUCACUUGGAAUGAUAUGAAUGAGCCUUCAGUAUUCAGUGGGCCUGAAGUGACCAUGCAUAAAGAUGCGAAGCAUCAUGGUGGAUGGGAGCAUCGAGAUGUUCAUAAUAUCUAUAGUUUUUAUCAUCAUUCUUCUACUUAUAAUGGUCUGAAGAAGCGAAGCAACGGGAAAGUACGCCCAUUCGUUCUGACCAGGUCUUUCUUCAUCGGAAGCCAACGUACUACAGCAGUCUGGACAGGAGAUAAUACAGCCACUUGGGAUCAGCUUCGCAUUACGAUUCCAAUGUUACUAUCGCUUUCCAUUUCUGGUAUACCUCUUGUUGGAAGUGAUGUCGGUGGAUUCUUCAACAAUCCUGAUGAGCAGCUUUUGGUCAGAUGGUACCAGGCUGCAGCUUUCCAACCGUUCUUUCGAUCUCAUGCUCAUAUAGAUACUAAGCGGCGUGAACCUUGGCUUUUCUCUAAUGAAACAAGAAAUAUUAUUCGUGAAGCGAUAAGGCUUCAAUAUGGUAAACCAGUUAUGCGCCCUCUUUUCGUUGAAUUUCCAAAUGAUGAAACGUCUUUUGAUGAAGAAAGGGAAUUUCUUAUUGGUUCUGGUCUUCUUGUUCGUCCGGUUAUGGAACCAGACGUUUCUUCGGUUUCUCUGUAUUUGCCCGGAGUUCGUAAUGUUGUCUGGUAUGAUUGGACUACACAUAAGGCUUAUCCGGCUCCUGGUGCUAUUUAUGUGAAUACUCCAUUGGAUAUAAUCCCAUUAUUCCAAAGAGGUGGUACCAUUAUUCCGAUUAGAAGGCGUAUUCGUAGAUCGUCUGCUUUGAUGCGACAAGAUCCUAUCACACUUUAUAUUGCGAGUAAUUACAAAGAUGAUUUUGCAACUGGCUCCUUAUAUUUGGAUGAUGGUGAAUCAUUCGAACAUUUGAAUGGUGAAUUCUUGUACUUCAGCUUUAUAUAUAAAAAAGAAGGUGAUCAACUUUAUUCAAUUUCAUCUCAAAAUUUGAAUGGAAGAGGAAAAAUGAAAAACGAUGUGUAUAUCGAAAAGAUCGUCAUUCGUGGUGUACGAUAUUUUCCCACCCGUGUUCACAUAUUUCUAGAUGAUUGGAAUCCUGAAUCGCUUGACUUUGAUCACGACCGUGAUCUGCAAACUUUAGUAAUUCAUCGAACAAAUGCACCAGUAUCAGCUGAAUUUCGUAUUGAUAUUCACGCAUAA